AGCAAGACUGGUCCGCUGGCAUUGGCGUUGACGCUGCUUUCACGACCAGGUCCGAGCUCUACAACGCAGAUGCUGUGUCUCGACCUGGCGACUAUUACAAUGUGACCCAUGGGUCAGGCGACAUGAACCCGCAUGGCGUGCCGUACGGGUUCUUCCAGCCAUCCGUACCGCUUCCUGGCGUGCCUUCUGGCGCAUACCCGUUGCUCCUGGACACGUCUCUGGGUGAGCAACGACUACGAGACACGCUUCUGGCCCUGAAGGAUGGCGCCUACUUGGAUUCAGAGCUGACGGAGAGCCUCAUUGCUCAGCUGGUGACGUACAGUCCGGAACGCCACGUCUUCGGCUACUGGCGUGCUGACUUCCGCUGGGGUGCUGAGGGAGUCAUUCGGUGCUCAUUGAGUGUGCAGGGCCUGCCAGCGAUCGACUGGAAGCUUUCUUUGUCAUCCGGCAAUGCCUUCCAAGUGGUUUCAGAUCUGCUGCUAGUGCUUCUGGUUGCCACCUACUGCACGUUAACAGUACAAAACCUCAUUGCUAGCACACGGGAGCAACGUGAGCGAUCCCGUGCAACGCGUCUAGCGGUAGACGCCAUCUUGAGGAAUUCCUGUCACGGCGGUGCGGAUGGCCUCAGCAAUGACAGUGACGACCGAGGACCCCACCAGCGGACCAGCAUAGCUGGAGGCAAGGCAAUGUCCUUCCUUGUUCGCAGCAGUAGCAAUCUGAAAGGGUCACCGGUGAAUAUGUCUGGAGCCAGUGGCGACGCAUCCGCAGUGACCCUUGGGUCGGUGACUACCGACAGCCCUACUCGCAGUUGCUGUCGUCACAAGACAGAAUCUCGCAGCGGCGGAAGCACCCGAAAACCAGAAAAAUAUGGCUAUGAAACGGGAGUGAAUACGGCUCUUCAGGCAGGCCCAACGCAUGGCGGUCCGGUUUGUGAGUCAACCAUCCAAGCUGGUAGUGCUGAUAGCGCUGUUCAACAAGGCGGCACUAGUCCCCGUUUUAGGAUGUCGCAGUUGGAGCCCAAAAGAGCUACAAGUAGCGCUACUGCUGGCGCUGCCCGCCGUCUUAGCAGUGGCGGCAGCAAGAUUACUAGUAGCCCUGGCGCAUUGCUCAUCAGCAGUCCCUCGGCUAUAUCAUCUGGUGCAAUAUCAACAAAGUUCCAUUCAGGCGUCCUUGAGACCAACCGAAGCGGACGGGAGGUGCUCGGUCAGGGAUCGCAGCAGGCUGCUGCUGCUUUGGUGCCCAAGAAGCCGCUGGUGGUGCUGACGAUGGAUGGGGAGGAGGAG